AUGCUAGUAUCAGAGGAGUGCAGCGCUGUGCUGCAAAACAAGGUGAUCAAGAAGAGGAGCGAUCCAGGAAGAUUUGUCCUGUCAGUGCACAUAGGCCGCAUGACCUUCGCAUGCUCCCAUUUCAUCAAUAGGACCUUCGAUAAUAUGUUGAAGAGGCACGGGGUGAAGCACAAGGUGGCGACUCCUUAUCAUCCCCAGACGAGUGGCCAAGUUGAGCUAUCUAACAGAGAGAUCAAGAACAUUCUUCGGAAGACUGCAGGCACGACUAGGAAGGACUGGGCUGCGAAGUUAGAUGAUGCACUAUGGGCCUAUCGAACUGCCUACAAGACUCCACUUGGUACGACACCGUUCAACAUAGUCUAUGGCAAGGCUUGUCACCUGCCUGUGGAGUUAGAGUACAAGGCUGCAUGGGCAGUGAAGCAAAUGAACUACGACAUGAAGUAUGCGGCAGAGAGAAGGAACAUGCAGGUGGUCGAGCUUGACGAGAUUAGGCACCUGGCCUAUGACAGUUCGAAGAGCUACAAGGAGCGGACCAAAGCCUAUCACGACAAGAAGAUCCGGAAAAGGAACUUUUCCCAAGAAGAUCAAGUCCUGCUGUUUAACUCCAGGCUGAAGUUGUUUCCUGGGAAGCUGAAAUCAAGGUGGUCUGGACCCUUCGUCAUCAAGGAAGUCCGACCAUAUGUAGCUUUUGAGCUAUGGGACAAGACUAGUGGACACUUCGUGGUGAAUGGUCUAACGCCUCAAGCCAUACCUUGCUGA